AUGCGCUCACAACGCCUACUACAUUGCACAGAGGCUCUUACUGCCAUUACGGCGGUAUUUUAUGGCUCUGCUUUUGCUACCCAUGUAGACACAUUUGAUGUGCUGGACUACGUCGAUCCUUUGAUCGGCACUGCGAACGGAGGACAUGUCUUUGCUGGUGCCACACUGCCAUUUGGCAUGGUAAAGGCAGUGGCCGAUACCAGAGGCGAGAAUCAGGCUGGGUUCGCGUACGAUACUUCCCUAGUCACAGGGUUUUCGCAUAUGCAUGACUCUGGCACUGGCGGUUCUCCAUCUCUGGGAAAUUUCCCUAUAUUUGCCCAUCCUGCAUGUCCUGGUGAUGAUAUCAACCAAUGCAAAUGGCAGCAGUCAGACCGGGCUACACCUUGGAUAAGUGACUCUCCAGAGGCUCGUCCGGGCUACUUUGGCAUAAAAUUGGAAAAUGGUGUUCGUGCUGAAAUGACAACUACAAACAGAUCGGCCUUGUACAGAUUUACAUUUAAUAAUUCUUCCGCCGAUUCGCUGAGCCCGGUGAUCCUAGUGGAUAUCACGGACUUAACCCAGUCCCGAACCAAGGGAGCUGCUGUCGUCGACUCAAAUACGGGGAGACUGAGUGGAAAUGGUACUUUCAACCCCAGCUUCGGCAUUGGGUCUUAUGACCUCAACUUUUGCGUCGAUUUCAAGGGAGUCGUACUCCGAGAUUCAGGUGUUUGGUCGAAGAACCAAGCCAAUUUUAGCAGUGAUGUUGUUAGUGUCGAUGGGUCAAAUUCGGCCGCAUCACUCUCUUCUGGAACCUUUGCACGAUUCCAUUCUCCCGAGAACAAUACUGUAUUAGCUCGUGUCGGUGUGAGCUUCAUAAGUGUUAGCCAAGCAUGUGAGAAUGCAGAGAAGGAACAGCCGGACUUUGACUUUGAUGGCACAGUUACUGCAGCUGAGAAGGCUUGGAGAGAGAAACUUAACGUUAUCUCUGUGGACUCUGAUGGUGUCUCGACUGACUUGCAAACAACUUUCUGGAGCGGAGCAUACCGGGCCUUGAUUAGCCCUCAGGACUAUACGGGCGAAAAUCCUCUCUGGAAGAGCGACGAACCGUACUAUGACAGCUACUACUGCAUUUGGGACUCCUACCGCAGUAUCCAUCCAUUGUUGACACUGUUAGAUCCCCUAUCUCAGUCUCUUAUGGUGCGGAGUCUUGUUGACAUCUACCGCCAUGAAGGCUACUUGCCAGACUGCCGAAUGUCACUAUGUAAGGGCUACACCCAAGGAGGCUCCAAUGCAGAUGUCGUCAUUGCAGAUGCCUACCUCAAAAAAGUCACUGAUAUCGACUGGGCUACAGCCUACGAAGCUGUUGUGAAAGAUGCUGAAGUUGAGCCUCACAAUUGGGACGUUGAAGGUCGAGGUGGUCUCCGCAGUUGGAAAAGCCUUGGGUAUAUUCCAACUGACGACUACGACCCAGAUGGAAGGGGAACCCACACGCGCAGCAUAUCCAGAACGGUGGAGUAUGCUUACAAUGAUUUUUGCAUUGCUGAGAUGGCACUGGGAAUGGGAAACCAUGACGACUAUACUAAAUACGCGAAGCGCUCUGAGAACUGGGCAAGUAUGUUCAAGGCAGAUCAGACGUCAAGUAUCCAGGGAACCGAUACCAAUUUUACGGGAUUUUUGCAGCCUCGCUAUACAAACGGGUCUUGGGGUUAUCAAGAUCCCUCCUUUUGUAGCCCGCUGUUGAACUUCACUUCUUGCUAUCUCAACUCAAAUGGCCACGAGACGUAUGAGGGAAGCGCUUGGCUGUAUACCUUUUACGCCCCACACGACAUGGGUGGCUUGAUCAAAACCCUCGGUGGUCCUGAGCUAUUCACAUCCCGGCUUACAUUUCUUCAUGAGUCUGGCCUACUAUACGUCGGCGAUGAGCAGGCAUUUCUGACCGUGUAUCAAUUCCACUAUUCAGGACGUCCCGCUCUAUCCGCCAAGUACAAUCACUUUUACAUCCCGUCUCAGUUCAACACAACCAUUGCAGGGAUCGCCGGAAAUGACGAUAGUGGUGCGAUGGGAUCAUUCGUUGUUCUGAGUAUGAUGGGACUUUGGCCAGUGCCAGGUCAGAAUGUAUAUCUGAUCACCCCGCCAUAUUUUAAGACAAUCAGUAUUCUAAACAGUCCCACGGGCAAUGUUGCAACAAUCCGAAAUGUCAACUUCGACCCCAGCUACAAGGCGAUUUACAUUCAGAGCGCCAAGUUGAAUGGUGAGACGUGGACCAAAAAUUGGAUCACUCAUGACUUCUUCACGGAGGGUGGUGUUCUGGAGCUAGAGUUGGGAGAAGAGGAGAGUGAAUGGGGGACUCAUGUGGAGGACUUGCCUCCUAGUAUGAGUGAUUACCAAUGA